AUGGACUCAGACGAUCUUCAACCCGUUCAAGGCCCGACCGCGGGGAGCAUACAAGACCUGUUGAAUAGCCUUCGAACGUCCGCUGCUUGGGCGCAGGUUGUGGGCGUAGCGUCUGCCGCCGACGCUCGCGAUGCGAACAACCUCGUUCACACACCUGGCCAUGAAAGUCAUGAGAUAGGGCAUCCGGUUUCAUCCACACAUACGGCAACGCCUGUAAUACUUGAUAGUGCGACGUCAGUUGGAUCACCCUCGCCUUCAGUCGCAUCUCUGCUGUCUCAGCUGCAAGCGUCUUCUGCGAACAUAUCUGUGUCGACUGGUCCUCCAGCGCCUGCUCUUCAGCGACAACUGAGCGAUGGUCACAUACCGACCACGCAGGAGUAUGGCUCUAUGCCAGACAACCUAUCGUCGCAGGGGGCGACCCCAAACCAAGCUCAACAGAAAGACUUUCGAACGAUGUCCUUUCAGAAGUCUCUAACACACGUUGCUGCGUUAGCCGAGGACGAAGACUUCGUCCAGGCCAUGAAAUCGAUGAAAGAAGAACAGGAUGCUCUAGAGCGUAAGCUCUGGGAGGAAAGAACCGAGAUCCUCGACCGACACGAACAGAAGGUCAAGGCGGCGAAGUCCAAGGCCCAGAUCAUCGGAUCUGGUCUGUCGAAACUGGAUGCAGACCUGUUGUCCGACGCCAUUCGUCGAGAGAUCCAGGCAUUCGAAGUAGAGCGAGCGCUACCAGCAUGGGACGGACUAGUAGCGAAGCACCAGGCCGCGAUGGAGGUCCUUACCGUCCCGGCCAUGUUCGUCGCAUCCAACCCUGCCGAUCUUCAGAAACAGAAGAAGGUUAUGCAAUUGGUCGAGGGGACGAUCUACGGCGACGAGUAA